CACCAUUUGUCGUUUUCGGCCACAGUACUGUAUUUAUCAGUUACAAAACAGCUGUAACGGUGGAAGAAGAGUUGAAAUGAAUAUUUUUCUACCUGUUCGGUUGAAUUUUAAUUUUAUUACGGCCGAGUAUUUAUAACUUAUCGCUAAUGACGGAGCCGUUGGAAGCUUACAGCGAGCUCAGUUCAGGAUCAGGGGAGCAGCGUCCCAAAGAAGAGCCACAGUUUUCGCUCACGGAGGAGAACCUAAACGAAGGCGCAGAGAAAAUCAGUCAUGGUAGGCAGUCAAGGGAAAGCCAGCAGCCACAGUGUGACUCUGAAAUACACGAAAUUUUUCAAGGACAUUCUUUUGAUAUGGCUAGUGACAGUUGUAUAGAAAUGGUAAAACCAACAAUUGCUUGCUCGAUAGUGGAUUUUCAAAGGCGAGCUCUUCUGAAAGAGAAAGCAAAUAAAAUGACGAGAUGCAAGGAAACAGCAUUAUUGCACUGUCCGCUUUGUAGCUGUUUUUACGUUGCACCUAUCACGUUAACCUGUGGACACACGUUAUGUAAGGACUGCAUUUUGUCGGACAAUGUUGAUCAGAUUCUGGCUAACAUCGACUGUAAACAAUGUGGAUCUAAAAGCAAUAUACAGCAGCGUUCCGUAAACGUACUUGUUACUUAUCUAAUUCAAAAAUGGUUUCCGCACGAAUAUGAAAGUGACGUGAAGAAACUGGAAGAUAUCCAGCGGGGCAGACUACAAGAUGGAGAACAAAGAAAAGUAGUUGAAACUCUGUCGGGUGUUCUAAAAAAUUCACCUUUGAAUUUUAAGGCAUUAAAGUGGCGAAGUCAAGCGCUAUAUCAGAUGGGAAUGUUCGGCCAGGCACUGAAAGACGCUGAAUUGGCUUGCAUGCUAAGGCCUUUUCUUCCUCAGGCCUUCUAUCAGAGAGGGCUGAUUUCGGUCGCUAUGGACAACCACGAGGAAGCUGCAUUAAAUUUCGGGCGCUGUGUUGGUCUUGACUCGACCACUUCGGAAUAUUAUGUACAACUUUUGUCGAGUCUGACUGAGGUUUUACGAUCGGAAAGGUGUGUUCUUGGUAAAGAGGGAAUCGCGGAACACUAUGCGACUGAAUUGACAAGCGAACGUUCCAAGAACACGGAAAAUAAAGUAUGUAACGAAUCGGAAAGUGACAAUAUUGAAAAGAAUUCACGUGUUUUAAAAAGCACGAAAUCAAUCAUCAGCAGCAAUCCUUCUUCUGUUCGGUCUGAUUCUUACCAGGGAAAACUGACUGAUCUAAAACGUCCAUCAGAAAAAUGUACUCUAUCGUCCACACCAGAAAAUACCUUCCCAUCAAAACGCGUAAAACUUUCCAAUCUAAACGCGGGCGAAACAUUUAUUACGAGAAAGGAGGGAGACUUAAAGCAAGAAUCCAUUACGACAAAGUGUGAAGACUCGAUGCAAGAGUCCAUUAGGCGAGAAAAGGACGAUUUGACGUGCGAGAUAUGCUACAGUGUUCUCUUUCAACCAGUCACCACAACUUGUGGCCACACGUUUUGCCGAGAUUGCUUGCAAAGAAGCUUGGACUUCAAGCCUGACUGCCCUUAUUGCCGUCAGCCUCUCGACUGUGUAGUUGCCAGGAACUAUCAAGUUACCAACGUCAUAAAAGAGAUCACCGAGAAACUAUUCCCUGACGAAUACGCGGCGAGGGAAAGUUGGUUCGCCAAAGAGAAAGCGAGUUGGAAAGGGUAAGUUCCGAAAGUGAUUGCAUAAUAUUUGAGCGGGCUUUCCUUAAAAAAGUAGUUAAAGCAAAAAUAGAGUUUAAUGGACGAUGGCUUACUGUUUAUUAGUCUCUCAGGAAUCUUUUGGCAGGGUUUUCGAUAUAUUGCAACGAGUUUUCACAUCAUUACUGAAGCGAAAAACAACUUAAAAGCUAAUUCAUCAUUUAAAGUCGACGCCGAAGUCCGUCUUCUGUGCAAUGAUUAAGCGAAGAAAGACAAACUGAGCAGAUGGACUUGUUCUAUUGUAACUAAUGGAAAUAGCUAAUGAUUACUGGACAAUGUGGCCCAAAACAUUACCGAGCUAGCUCAAUUACCCGGUCGUAUCGAUUCAUUUCAUCAGUAUUAGAGCAAAGUGACAGACAAAAACAACUUCUAUAACCUCCGUUAAUUUAUCUCAAUACAUGAUUAUUGUCGCGAACAUUGCCGGUAAAAAAAUGAAACAGUCGUCUCGCAUAAGUUUCCGGCUCGCGAGAAAAACGUGCAGGUGACCGUAAAAACAUGUGUACAGGAACGUGACUAAGAAUAUGCUACGAUCCUUCAUUUGUAAGAAUAUAAUUCGACGAAAAAGCCACUCACGUUGACUGGCACACGUAAACAAACCUUUGCGGUUAACGCACUUCGAGGUUCGGCUCUGUGGUCAGCAAGUGUUUCUUAAUGUCCUUUGAAGUCCCAUACCUGUGGCGGUACUGCCAAAAAAACUAUAUGGGCAUUUUCUGUCUUUUGAGGACACGGGAUUACAUUAAGUGUUUAGUCUUGCAGGUUGUAGGUGCUUUGGAAAAACAAUCUAUUGAUCAAGGGUCUGUACUUAGCGUUAAGGUAGAUUGCCACCGUCGCGCAAUUUUUACGUGCGAACGCAUUUAAAGUUAACGCGCGUAAAUAAAUAGAGUAAUGUAUGGAAGGUAGCGUGUAAACGUAAUGGUUGAACCUCGCCCCUUUUACGUUUACGUGCGGCCUUUCAUACAUCGCCUCUUUUCUAACACGCAUAAAUAACGCGACAGUUGAAUUGAAACUUUACACCCUUUGAUUCCCCAAAGUAAAAAAAGAUGGUAAAAUCUGGAUAACAAACACUUCAAGGAAAACCGAUGACGCAGAUUCGUAUAAAAAGGCAGUUUUUCUUUCACUUCUGUAAAUGCAUAUUUUUCUAAUUCUUAAACGAUUGGCUCGGUUUUUACUUUACAUCGGUGAAUUUUAAAAUUACGAUUUGAUGCAUGACCUUAUCAAAAGGAUCACAAAGCCAAAGUAAUACUCUUGUUAAAGGCGGCAGUACGUCAAAACCAUAAUCUUUUCCCUGGUACAUGAAAGUACCCCGGGGGAUUUCACUGCGAAACUGCCCGGUGGUACGUGUAUAAACAUUUUAGUAAAGCGCCCUUUAAUACAGGAAUUGAAAAUCCUGUAUUGGGUAAGAUCGGUAAGGAUUAGUCGUGUAGCCUAGGGCAACAAGGCUGACAAAGAGUAGCUGCCGGUGACAAAAGUCCCGAGGAUACAGCACAAUAACUGUGGACAAAUUCUUAAAAGAGAAGUUUUGAGUCACAGUUUUGAAACGUAUAUACUUAUCUAGAAAUUUGUCGUGCGUAAUCCAUGUCGAAAAGUCUCCCUAGAGAUUAAUAUUCCUCGUUUGUUUGUUUGUAUUUUUUUAAAAGAAAUAUUUUAAGGAUUUCCAUCAAACUAGAAAAAUCGAUCUAACUUUCUCAAGAUGCAGAAACCGAGUCGUGCCCCUUGAAACUACCAUCUGUAAUGCAAAUUUAGACUCUUCAGCAUUGUAAUCAUUCCUGAUUGCUUUUAAUUUAAACGACGCCGGCUUUAAUUUUGAUUGCACGUGUUCCUCAAAAUAUCACUGAGCGAGACGAACGUAUCAAUACAACCCAUUAACCUGGUGGCCGAUGAUAUAGGAUCUUAAUGUUAGUAAACUCAAGGCAAAUUUUAUGCGCCUUUGACUUUCAUUUCGGCUGGCGUUUUUGUUACAUUUAGGCAUGAACUCAAAACUAAACUUCACAUAGCCUGACACGUAAAAAUAAUUCUAUUAUGCAACUUACUUUUUCGAAACACGUCAGCGUGAAAAACCCUCGAACAGAACGUUACGCGACUGUCGCACCAUUUUUUACAUGCAUUUUCUUAAAAUGUAAUCUGAAUUAGGAUGUAUUCCAUUUCGAGUUUCUAGUGUGUAGGAAAAUGAGGGGUGUUCACUAUCGUACCGUACUAAUAGUCCUUUCAACAAAAACAAUUUAAUAUAUCUCGAUAAUUUGUGGAAAAGUUUUGAGAGCGAUUUCGUCACAUGUCAAUGGAUGCUAAGCAACAGCGACCAUACGUCGUGUUUUCUAACAAAUAGCUACGUUGAAAAAUUACAUAACAAAAUGCUAUAAUCUUAAGCUUAUCGCUAAUGCAGUGUGUCAUUUCCAUGAUGGGCAGUUUGUGCGAAACCAGUAACUUACAAGUCCAUCGCUGGAGGGGAAUGAGUAUCAAUUAAAACGCAAUUAGAAAUUAGACACUAGAGAGGUGUCCACGAACACAAAUUACACCAGAAAUUCAGCUAAAACUCUUAAAAUUAGCGCAAUGAAGCCGUUGCAGGGGAAAGUCAGCGUGCCAACGAGCACGCCGCGGCCGGCUCUCGCUAACACAAUCUUAGAUGCCAUUUUGGCUCUUUUCAUGAUCCCAAAAGUUACACUGGCCAUCAAUCACAAUCGUUUACACAUUCUCUGUUCUUAAAUUAAAGUUUGAAGUUAGCCUACGUAGAAUGUUUCGAACUGUUUUGUGUUGUUUUGAAUGAUGCUGAUAAAACGUUAAAUCUUGUUUCAGGUGCGGGGUCGAUGAUAGCGUUGAUGUUCCCAUCUUUGUUUGCAUGCUGGCAUUCCCUUCUCUGAAGUACCCUCUACACAUUUACGAGCCUCGUUACCGCCUGAUGAUAAGACGAUGUGUUGAGCUAGGAUCCCGUAUGUUUGGCAUGUGCAUGAGCGACCCGGACUGUGGAUUCUCGGAAUAUGGUACCAUGCUUUACAUCGAGAACAUGGAGGCGCUUCCUGACGGACGCUGUAUAAUUCAGACUACGGCCAGGAGAAGAUUCCGCGUCAUUUCACGUGUUUAUAGAGACGGGUAUAACACUGCGAAGGUUGAAUGGCUCGACGAUGAAAUACCAACCUCAUGCGCUGAAGAAAGGGAACUCGAAGCACUAAACAACGAUUGCGGAAAAUUGCUGGAACUUUGGUUUAACAGUUUAACUCAAAUGCAGCAGAAUUGUAUAACAAAUGCAAUUGGACCUAUGCCUCGCAUUAACUCGGAGAGCCCAGUGUCUAGUUCUAAUGGUUCUUCUUGGGAAUGGUGGGCGUUAGCUGCUAUCCCUCUUCAGGAUAAAGCAAAGUUGAUCAUAUUAUCGAUGAAGUCAUUGGAAGAGCGGCUUCGAAGUAUUCGCCGCUUUUUAGAGCUUUUAAUAACUAUGAGUUCGGGAAAUGAUUUAGGAGAAAAGUAGCGUCGCUGUCGAGCUAGUCACCACACAAGUUGUGCACUUCGUCAUUACCACGAUUCUUGCUGGUAAACCAAACGAUCCAGAAAAUGCUUGCACACAAAUUUCGGCUUAGUCUUCUUGAUGCUACUGUAUUUUUUGAGUGAAAGAAUAAGCUUUUUUGUUACCAUUUCAGCGAGAUUUUUUUAAAAGUAACGCUUUAGACCGUGACUAGGAGAAUAAACUCAAAGUCGGCCUAUCACCUGUUUUUUGUCCUGUUUUUCCUUUAAGAUGAAGAAGACAUCGUAUAAUGAUACAAUAUAUGUCUCUGCAUCUUUUACGUACUGUUACCACUGUCACCUGUAGCCAGUUUCAUCACUGGUUUGUUUGGUUUUUUGCCAAAAAAAAAGUAAGAUCAGUAAGACAACGAUGGAAUUUCUGGCACUUACCUGGAGGAGGAGGCCACUUAAGGAAGUUUGCGUAGAAGUGUGUCGCCGAGGGCACAAAACCCCAACCCAGUUUAAGUCAAAAUUCGUUCAUUUCGUUACCCUAUUUAACACAAGAGACCUCUUUCGCGCAUUCCAUUUCGCGUGCGGAACUAAGUAUUUCUUUUAAUUCUGACAUCACAAAAUUGAAAGUUAGCACCACAAGCAUGCAGACCGCGCACCGCCAACCU